AUGGCCAAUUCCCUGUGGGACACCAGGGCCAUUUCCUUCAUUGGCUGUGUUACUCAGGUCUUCAUGUUUGUCACAUUUGUCACAGCAGAGUUCUACCUUCUCACCAUCAUGGCUUAUGACCGCUACGUUGCCAUCUGCAAACCCCUGCACUACAGGACAAUAAUGACCAGCAGAACUUGUGUCAACAUGGCAGCAGCUGCCUGGGGCAGUACUUUUCUCUAUGCUGUGCUGCACACUGCCAAUACCUUUUCCCUCCCCCUCUGCCAAGGCAAUGCCCUGGACCAGUUCUUCUGUGAAAUUCCCCAGAUCCUCAAGCUCUCCUGCUCUGGUGCCUACCUCAGAGAAGUUGCAUUCCUCAUCUUUUGCUUUUGUUCAGGUACUGCAUGUUUUGCUUUUCUGUUGCUGUCCUAUGUGCAGAUCUUCAGGGCAGUGCUGAGGAUGCCCUCCCAGCAGGGCCAGCACAAAGCCUUUUCCACAUGCCUCCCUCACCUGGCCGUUGUCUCCCUGUUCAUCAGCAAUAUCAUGUUUGCCUAUCUGAAGCCCCUUUCCAUGUCCUCCUCAUCCCUUGACCUUUUGCUGGCAGUUAUGUACUCAGUGGUGCCUCCAGCAAAGUGA